CCCUCGCCGCGAAAGCGCAGACACGAGCCAGGAAAAAAAAAAAAAAAAAAAGAAAAAAAAGAAAAAAAGGACCCUACCCCCGAAUAAAUCUAACAAUCCCAUUGCACAUACCCAACCAUCCCUAAGAAAAUCGCAAGUUCCAAAAAUGAGCGCCUCUCCUGACUACAAAACCAACCUCCUCUCCCAUCUGAUCUCCAACAAAGUCCUCUCCUUCGGCUCCUACACCCUCAAAUCCGGCCGCAACUCCCCCUACUUCUUCACCACCACCCUCCUGCACACUGCGCCUCUCCUACACGCAACCGCAUCCGCCUGUGCCAGUGUCCUCUCCUCCCCUCCGUUCGUAACCACCUCUACCCCCGAUGGCACCCCGCGCCCAAACUUCGACAUCAUCUUUGGCCCCGCUUACAAGGGCAUCCCGCUCUGCACCGCCGUCCUGAACGAGCUGGGCGUCCGCGACACAACCGGCGCAUGGAACAACAUCAGCUACUCGUUCAACCGGAAAGAAGCCAAGGCUCACGGCGAAGGUGGGAACAUAGUCGGUGCCCCACUGAAGGGAAAGAAAAUUGUCAUAAUUGACGAUGUCAUCACAGCCGGCACAGCACUGAGAGAGGCUGUCGGCAUCAUUGAGAAGGAAGGCGGCACAGUUGUGGGCGUCUUGGUGCUCUUGGACAGAGAAGAGCGGGUGAACGACAACGAGAAGAAAAGCGCUGUUGGUUGCGCUCAGAGGGACCUGGGAGAAAAUGUGCCUGUGAAAGCGGUGCUGAGUUUAAGUGAUAUUAUCGAAAAGCUUGGAAAUGACAUUGGCGAGGAGAAUCUAAAACGGUUGAAGGAGUAUCGGGCGCAAUACGGCGCCGAAGAAUGAAAAUUUUGCUUACAGCUUACGAAACGUGUAUUCACCGAAGAAAAAGACAUUCAUCGAAUCAUAAUAGACAAAACAUCCUUCAAUUC